AUGGAAGAUGAGUCUGUAGAAGGAGUUGUAAUGACGAAUAAAGAAGGUGCUCCAAUACUAACGAAUAUAAACUUGAUGGGUGCAGCGAACUAUGGAAUUGCCAUGCAAAAAUUAGGAUCUAUGGCACAGGCGUGUGUUAAAGAACUAGAUCUCUUUGACGAAGUUAUAAUAAUGAGGACGGACACGCGCAAAUUCGAAAUCAUGUUGGCACCCCAUCCUGAAUUCAAUAUCGUAGUAUUGCAGCGCUCAAGAAUCAAAUCGAAACCAAAGAAAUAA